AAUGAAGUAUACUGAAAAAAUCAGUUAUCAUGUAUAAGAAUUCUAAAAUCUUACUAAAUAUUAUCUUACAAAUUACAUGUUAGAAGAAAAGGAGAAAUGCUAUUAAAAAAAUACCAAAUUUGAAAAAUCUCCAGACAACUAUGUUAAAUGUGCCUUAGAAUUAGUCAAUUAAUUUAAUGAAAUGUCCAAGAAGUUUAGAUAUUAAGGCCUUUACUUUGAACAUCGAUUUGUUGAUUGUUUGAAACAUAGACCAGAUGAAGGAGAUAAUUAUAAAUGCAUCUAAAAAUUAGAAAAAGAUUUAAAAAUUGAAGCUAAGAAAAUUACUCCUAAAGAGUGAGU